UUGUAUCUUCUUGUGUCUGGUUUUUACGGAGAGUUUACACUGUACGCUUAGGGAAGGGUGCAUGAAAAGAUUGGGUUAUUUCACACCAUUUAUCUUUAUAAUAAUAGACUUAAAGGUGUGAACAGGAAUUGAAACAAGGUCACCCACACACAAGUCGCUCCACAUCUGCACACACCCAAGAGCCAAGUUCCAUUUCUCGGUGUAAAGUACCGCUUCACGUGCGCGCCGGUAGCCGUCAGGACCUCGUCGCGAUUUCUAUUGAAAGUUGUCCAGCAGAGACCGCCGCAUUAAAGGAAGAUGCAACACAAUCACCAUCAUGAUGUCAUGCACCCCGGGCCUGCCGAAUCCAGCACGGGAGAUAGCAACAUGGAUCAUGGAUCUGGACACAUGAUGCAAAUGACUUUUUACUUGGGUUACAAAAACGUCGAACUGCUAUUUGCUGGCCUGAUCAUCAACACACCUGGAGAGAUGGUCGGCGCCUGUAUCGGAGUGUUCCUAUUGGCCGCGUUUUACGAGGGACUGAAGAUCGGACGCGAGGUCCUGCUGAGAAGGAACCAAAUCAGCGUACGCUAUAACUCCAUGCCGGUCCCUGGCACUGACGGGACGGUGCUCAUGGAGACGCACAAAACAGUCGGACAACGGAUGCUGAGUCUGGCACACGUUUUCCAGACGAUACUUCACGUCAUCCAGGUGGUGAUCAGUUACUUCCUCAUGCUGGUGUUUAUGACCUAUAAUGGCUACCUGUGCAUAUCCGUUGCCUUGGGAGCCGGCGUCGGUUACUUCCUGUUCAGCUGGAAGAAAGCAGUAGUGGUGGACAUUACAGAACACUGUCAUUAAGCCUCUAAUCAGCCACAUCCUCUUUCUCUUUCUCUCUCUCUCUCUCUCUCUCCUUCCCGACAUACACACAAAUACACCUUUGGGGGGAAAUGGCAAAGAAAAUACACCACCACUACAAACACCAUACAAAUACCUGGAAAUUAUUACAUGAUAUUUCUUCAAUGCUGUAUCACUUUACAGGCACAUACAGUAAGUACUGUCAGGCUGCUCCGGUGUCAUUUUAAAGUCUUUCCCCCUGUAUUGUACUGAAUUUUAUCGAAUUUUACCACAACCAGUUGACCCUAACGACUCGUUCUCAACCAUCACGACCUCGCUCAGUCUUGCAACAUUCUUCGCAGGAUGUGUAAAAUGCACAGGUGUAAAUUCUACCUCUUCAUUUGGAAAAUUAUCACCUCUGGGCUUCGAAGGGAUACCUAAACCUUUUGCCUUAAAACUGAGAUUUAGUGACAAAAAAAAAAGUGUGUAUUUUACAAAGUAAUUCUGACAGAUCUGUGUUGUGGUAAUGAGACCUGACAAAAUGCACCAGAGUGUCUUUUUUCAUUUAUUUUAUUUUUUCCAGAAUAGCUGAAAUCGUAGACAGUAUAUCGAAAUGCUAAUCAGUGACCGGCUCAGAAGGCUUUACUUAAGAGAGAGAAAGGAAAACAGAUCCAGCUCUCUGUCCAGCUUUUUUGUUUACGGAGCUGAAACUGAAAUUUACAACAAUUUUUUUUUUAUUUUAAAUAAACGCAGCGAACGGUCCAUGCGGUCCGAUGCCAGUGUCUCCAUGAAGAUUCUUUUUUUUUUUUAUAUAUAUAUAUAAUCUGUAUUUGAAAUAUUCUAUUACUGUCAAGUACAUAAUGUCUGUUGUUAUUUUUAGUUACUGACAUUAUUUGUUUUUAUGUAACGUUUAAUGUAUGCAGCAGAUGUAAUUGUUCUCUAUAGAGGAAAUCCUAUUAAAUUAAAUCUAAUUUAAAAUCA